AUGGCUGAGCCGGCGCAGGUUCAGACAGCACCUGCUGGUUCUCCCCGAGAGAUCAAGCAGGAGCACGAACAUGACCACACGGCGGUUCUCGAGGGCCUCGACUUCAGCAUCCUCGCCGAGCUCGCGUCGAAGCGCCCGUUCGACCAGGUAGCCCAGGACACCCACGAUGAGCAGCGCGAGCAAGAGGCCAAGAGGCCCAAGACGGAGAACCACACCACAGAGGAAGAGUCGUCGCUCGAGGACGGGCUCGCGCUGCUGGUGCAGAAUGCGCUGUCCAACGUCGGCGACCUGGUCCGGGGCUUCAACGUCGAUGCCGGCGAGGCGCACCACAGCGAUCCCCUCGACGUCGACGACGCGCACGGAGCAGACGCCCGCCCGGCACCCGUGUCCUUCUUGUCGGAGCCGGAAAAGUACGUGCGCAUCGCCAACACGCAUGCGCUGGGGAACCUGGCGCUCUCGUUGCUGCUGAUACUGCUCCAGCAGCCCAUUGAUGACAUGUCGAAGCUGGCCGGGGAUGCGGACUCGGGAUACGGGCGCUCGUACGGACGGCUGAAGCGAUCUUUCGAUGCGACGUGGCAGCUCUUCUCGGACGGCCAGGUGCUGUCUGCUGACGAGCUGGAGAUACAAGAGGCCGAAGCCCGGACGCUGCUGGAACUGGCCAACAUUGCAAAGUUUGGGAUGUGGUUGGUCGAGGGCGGGCUGGAUUCUUUCACUGCCGCCGAGAGGAACUUUACCUCCGUCUUUCGCUGUCAGGUUUCCGACCUAUCACCGGCGCUGUCCCAGCUUUACGUCGAAAUGAAGACCUACAAGGCGAUCGAGUCGCUGAUAAAGGACGGCGAAGGGUUAUCAAUAGAAGAGAAGGUGCAUGUGGUGCAGACGACCAUGCUGGACGGGCUGAAUGAUUCGACCGCGGGGAACGAGCCGACAUCAGCUCCUCAACAAGAGCUGUUGACCUUGGCCAAUGCUCGGAAAGAUUUGCUGGAGGAGGAAAUCAAGGUUAAGCAGCCAGCCGCUCUGAAAGAAAAGUUUCCACCCGGCGACGUUUUGAAAAGCUUUUCGGCGCAUGUACGAACACUGUUGGCGUCAAUGACAGAGGUCGGAGAGAAGCUGGGCGUCUCGGCGCUGCUGAGCGACGUGGCCAACCAGGAGUCAAUACCAAGCGGAACGGGCGAUGGCGAACUGGAUCUCGACGACCUUUCCUCAUUCUUCGAGAAGACGACCUCGGGUUUGGUGCAGAACGCUUUGGCUGGCUUGACGGAAGAGACACCAGCAGAGGAGGCAUCCGCGGUCGAACUCACCACCGAGGCACCAGCGGAGACGACAAAUGGCGAGCCAAAGGCAGAUGCGGCAACGGCCGCGACGGCACCUCAGACGAACGGUACCAAGCUGGAUCUCAUCUCAGACUACAAGGAACUCGAGGCGCUGGUCGCGGAGAGCACAUCCAACUAUGUCAAAACGACGCUCAAUGGCCUCUCCGCCGUUGCCUACCAGCCCACAGUUCCUCAGAGUACAGCCGAGACCAUGGCUGCGCAGUCACCGUAUCUGAGCCAUCUUCAUCAACACCAAUCCCACCACCCCUACUACACCUCAUACGCCAGCCAGCCCGCUCCUGAACAGCAACCUCCCCAGCCCGCAGGGUCCUCCGACAACCUCCCACCUAAUCAGACGUUUCCUAGUGCCAUUCUAUACGAUAAAGCUCGACAAGCAGCGCUCUCCAAGUCAUCGGCGCAUACGCGGAGAGAAGGUCUUCACUCUACUCGACGGCCUUGGACCCAGGAGGAGGAAAAGGCCCUCAUGGCUGGUCUCGACAUGGUCAAAGGCCCUCAUUGGAGUCAGAUUCUGACUCUCUUCGGCCAGAACGGAACCAUUUCCGAUAUCCUCAAGGACAGGACGCAGGUUCAGCUCAAGGACAAGGCACGGAAUCUGAAGCUCUUCUUCCUCAAGACCAACUCGGAGAUGCCGUACUAUCUGCAGGCCGUCACGGGAGAGCUCAAGACCCGAGCCCCGACCCAGGCUGCCCGGAAGGAGGCCGAAGAAAGAGCGCGGAUGAACUCUGAAGAGGAACAAGCCAAGCUGCAGGGCAUCAUGGCCUUGGCUGGGGGACUACAGCACCCGCCUCAACAGCAGCAUCAGCAUCAGCAGCAGCAUCAGCAGCAGCAUCAGCAUCAGCACCAGCAGCAGCAUCAGAGACAGCAGCUUCAUCAUCAGGCCAGGCCGCCGGUCACAGUGGCGGCAGCCGUCGGGCAGAGCGUCGUAACGCCGGCUCAGGCUGCCAGCGCAGCUCAGUCGGCAUCCUCCGGACAGCAGCAGCACGCGUCGCAUCUGCAUCACCACACGCCGACGGCAACAAUGACAAGCACGCCGCAAGCCAACCUGGCACCCACCAUCUCGCGAGGCGGCAUCAUCCUGCCCAACACGGCGCAGAUCAGGCCCGAGGGCCAUGUCGCAACGGUGCAGCAGCAGGCUACGCAACAUGUUCCGUUGGCACCUCAACGGCCACAGACUCAGCUCGCGCCCCAGGCGCUCAUAUCACAGGCUCAACCUCAGGCUCAACCUCAGGCUCAACCUCAGGCUCAACCGCAGACGCAGACGCAGGUGCAGCAGCAACAGCAACACGCACAGCAGCAGCAGCACCAACAAUAUGCCCAGGCGCAGAGCCAGGUCCAGACACAUACGCCGGCCAUGCUCAACCUCAGCCUCAGCACCAACCUCAACCUCCACAGCAGCACCAACCUCAGCACCAACCUCAACCGCAACUCCAACACCAGCCUCAACACCAACCUCAGUCUCAGCCUCACCUUCAAGCGCAACCCCAACCCCAAGUACCGCCCCAACCCCAAGUACAGUCUCAACCUCAGGCGUCUCAACAAGUACAGCCUCAACCUCAGGUGCCUCAACCACAAGUGCAGCCUCAAGUACAAGCACACCCUCAACCAGUCCAAUCCCCGCAACAGCCGUUACAACAGCACUCCCGCGCAGCACCAGCAAGCAACCCCAAGCCAGCCCGGGACGCCAAUCGUCGCCACGCAGCUCCAAAACGGGACGGCACCUCAUCCUUCGCCUACUCCAACGAUUCCCUCCACCCCAACGCCGUCGCACCUCUCCCAACACAUCCCGACACCCCUCCAGCCCUCGCCUGCCCCGACGUACUCGCCUCAGCCGCAGCAGCAGCAGCCGUCCAUGCCCGUGCAAACCGAGCUGCAUAAGCUCGUUUCCGCGCCGGAGGCGACAAUGUCCCAGACGGCGGUACAAGAUGACGAGGCGGCGGCAGAGGCAGCCUUGUUGGAAGGCUUGCAAGCUGCCGUUGCACAAGCGCUGGCUUCUUGA